AUGGGUGAGGGUGGAAAUGGUGCCGUUCACUACUGGUUAUUAGACGAAGUAUCUGUUAAUCAUACAAACACAAACGCAGAUGUUCUUACUAAUGGUAAUUUUGAAACAGGAGAUUUAAGUGGUUGGACACAGUAUUGUAACACGAAUGUCAAUUGUGAUGGUAAAUCAACUAAUAAUUCUGGACAUACGGUCCCUACGGGAUCAGGCCCAUGUUAUUCAGGAUCAUACUGUGUUUUCGAUUCAUGUCUAAAUACUGACUAUCUAGAACAAUCGUUUCCUACUGUGCCUGGAGAUUUCUAUAUAAUAUCAUAUUAUCUCAGAACCGGUGCUAAUGAUGCAGGACCUUUGCAGAUGUAUGUCACAUUAACUUAA